AUGUCUAUGACUUUGGCCGAUGUGCCUGCAAAUCAUCCCUAUCGUUCCCUCCGGCUGCCUAACGACGCCCCAUUUGAGCUGAAGCCAUCGCCAGGUAAAGGAUGGGGUGUUUUCGCAACAGAACUUAUCAAAAAUGAGAGCCUCAUUCUCACGGAACGGCCCCUCUUCUUCUUCGAAAAGCCGAAGGCUUUAAUCACAGUAGGCGAGGCCGCCAAGGCCAUUCUUUCAUUGCCGCUUGACAAAAAAACCCAAGUCAGCCUCAUGCUCAAGAACGGAACCUCACUCUACCAAGAUCUUAGAUACCUAGUCGGCGAAAACUCGUUCUCUCUGAGAGACUCACAUUCUCAUGCGCCCGCCUGGGGAUUUUUCCUCCUCCAGUCACGUUUCAACAACUCGUGUACACCUAACUCCAGAAUCGUGGCAAUGGGUCAGGGAGUGAUUGUAAGAUACGCGAAUAGAGAUAUCCAGCCUGGCGAAGAAAUCACUUCCAUUCAUACCGUGUACGAUUUCGUGUCCACAAGAUUUGAGCGUCAGCGGCGCAUCAGUUUUCCCUGUCACUGCGCAACUUGUCAACUUCCUCCUCUCUUACAGCAAGCCAGUGAUCUGCGACGCCGACUGAUGCGAGGUCUGGUGUUCUUGAUCGAUGGCGAGGACCAAUGCAGCUCAUCGCCAGUUAUUAUUGACACGGAAAUGCGACGUCGUGCUGCAAGCUUCGACCUAUCUCUUUGCACGAUCAUUUUCUUUGAUUUUCUUUUGCUUUUUUUGCUUGCGGAAGAAGGAUUGUUCCAAGAUGCUUUUCUCGCGAAAUUUAGGGGUGGACUUGCUCAAAGGGGUCAGUUCAUUAGGUCGGAAAGCACUCGAAUUAUUUUUGAGAUGGCUAAGAAACAACACCACUGGGUGAAUAUGCUGCAAGUUGCUUCCCGUCUGUAUGGUCGAGUGGAUCCUGGCGAUGCUCAUUACACCUUUGUGAGGCGGCAGGAGCAAGCCUCGCGCCGAAUGGAGGGGGUUGUUACUUCGUGA